AUGGGGUACGUCGAAGAAUUAACACAGGAGAUGGAGGAAUGGGGAGGAAUAUCUUUUGUGAUUUUGAGGAACGGAGAGUUUGUCAGCAGGGAGAGUUGUUCCGGACCGGAAGGAAUGCCGAGUGAAGCAAAACAACCGAGGCCUCACUUAAAGCUCCCAGGUCCACAUUUUCCAUUCUCUCUUCCUUUGCACAUCGUCCCCGACACUCAGAUGCCCCCAAAUCUAAACGGCCUCAACGUCGUCCACCCGACGAUUCACAGCGACAGCCACGAUCUGCUUGCAGGCCAGCAAUACCAGGAUCUCUCAGCCCAGCUCGACCUAUGGACAAAUCUCACUUUCGACUCUGAGGACCCCCUCACGACGUCCAGGCCCAAUGACGACAAGUACUCCAGAAAAUCUCUUUCCGAUGAGGAAGAAGAAGAAGCCGCGCGUUCUCCAGUGACAACCGAAAAAGCUGUCCAUGACGGGCACGUUAAUGUGGUGACCCCCACCAAUAUCGGCACAAAUGAGCCCCGCCAACCUGCCCCUGCCCAACCCGCUCUGCCGCCCUUCGAUUUGAACAGUUUCCUGGUCGGCUUUGGCAUCGACCCCUUUGCCGCUGCUCCUCAGCUACAGCAGCAGCCAAUCGCCCCUUCUCUGGCUCAGCUGCUCGCUUUCCACUCUGCUGCGGCUGCUGCUCAGCACAUCCCACCCCCACCACCCUUCGUUCCCGCCUCUCACCAAAUCCAGCAACAACAACAAGCUUCAUCUGCUUCGAACCUCCCUCUCCCGAUCACAUCAUACCGCCCCACACAACCCGCCGCUCCAACAGCAGCCGAGUCGGUCCCUCCCACCCCCACUACUUCGACUGAGGAAUCCCAGCAGCAGCAGCAGCAACAAGCCCCCGCUGCCAAGCGUGCCCGCACCCGCAAGGCCUCCGUCUCCAACCCCGAUUCUCCCGACGCCGAAACACCCUCCCCCGCUGCCCUCUCUGCCGCUGAGGACAAACGUCGGAGAAACACCGCUGCGAGUGCCCGGUUCAGGUUGAAGAAGAAGGAGCGGGAGGCGGCGCUGGAGGGCAAGGCGAAGGAGUUGGAGCUCAAGGUUAGCGAGCUGGAGAGGGAAUGCGAGGCACUCCGUCGCGAGAACGGUUGGCUCAAGGGCCUCGUGGUCGGUGUUACGGGCGCAGCCCAGGGACCCGUCCCCCCUCCCCUCAUCCCCUCCGCACAAACCCUCCAAUCCCUGACCGCAUCAGCAUCGACAGGCAGCAAACGUCGACGAGAAGAUGGUGAUAAUGCUUAAUACAAUCGCGUUACUGGACGGACGACAAGAGGAACGAGGCUUAUGCCUUUUUUUAUCUCUUUACGUAGUAUAAAUCCCAUUGCUCGUUUUCAUCUUUCCCUUUCACCUUAAUUAUCUAUAUCACGCAAUUUCAUGCCGGCUUCAACGACCUGCGCACACGCCCCAUGACACUCAACCACAUUCAAGUUCUCUUCUCGCUGCUAAGGCCAUCGAGUCUCGUGCUGCUAUUGUUGUAUUAUCCAUCUCGCUCCCUUGCUUUCCCCCUAUUCACCAUUUCUCACAUUUGACACGCUGCACCACCCGGGUAUACUGUACACUCUGUAUCAAUAGUGUCUAUCGCUACGUCUACGCUGUUGUAAAAAAAAAAAAAAAAUUGAAUGACUCGAGUACUC